CUCACUUUCACCAAUAACCAAGCGUCCCCCCACCCAAAUACAUCAUCGACCAUGGACCAAUCCUCCAACAUUCGCCAAACUGCCACAAACGUAAUCCCAAAAGAUAACCCUUCGAUCCUCUCCUCUGCAGGCGCAAUUGGGAAGCAUUUCAACCCCGACGGCUCGCUCGGCCAAAUACCGCAAAAGAUUGGAGGCCCUCUUGACAAGGAUGGUGCAAUUGGGAGUCAAUUCGAUGCUUCCAAGGGUGGGAUAGCGGGGACGGUGGAGAGGGUGGUUGAUGGACCGAGGCAUCCAGCUGGGAUGGCCCAAGGGAAGAUAUAGAAGAAUAGAGAGACUAAUACAAGGUGGACAGGUGGGGGAUUAUAG